UUGUGCAGUUUUUCACCACCAUUUUAUUCUAAAAAUCAGUUGAGUGUUAAUGCAAUAACAAAUUUUAAUCUAAUUUAAAACGAAACUUUUAAUGAAAAUUUCCCGAAAAAUUGUACUAAAAACAAUAAUUUCGAAUAUGUGAUGACUUCGACCGAAAUUUUAGUAUCUCUCUGUGUUAUUCGAAUCGAAGUCAGUGAUCCCGAUUCCGAAGAAGCAAUGGCUGUGAGAAAAAUGCGAGGAUGCCGUGAACCUCGGGAAAUAACAAUAGAAAAUUAUUCAAAUUCCGAGGAAGGUCCAGUGCCACUUUUACAUCAAAAUUUAAAUAAAUCACAUUCAACAUCAAGAAUGAAUUCAGAGGAAAUUGCAUCUUCUGAAGGUGCAACAUCGUGUAAUGUUGCUGAUCAAAUUAAUUUUUUCUCUGGUAAUCCAUUUGUUGAGGUCACUAAAGGAAUUCUUCAUUUGUUUAAAGAAGAUGAAUUAACGGAUGUACAAUGCGCUGCAACGCGAAGCAAUACAAUUUGUAUGCUCUCAGUACCUGCAACAAUGACUUGUCAUGAUGUUUUAACAUUUACCGCUGCUUGUCAUCAAAAUAUUCAACAUUUUCGAAUUUUACGCGACGAUAAUCCUGAUCAAUACAUGGCGUUAAUUACUUUUCGUAAUUCCGCGGCUGCCAGUGAAUUUUACGAGACAUUCAAUGGUGCACCAUACAAUUCAUUGGAGCCCGAUAUUGUUUGUCAUUUGGUAUUUGUCUCAAAAGUUGAAGUUGGAGACGAUGGUUUACCAAUUGCAGGACACACGGAAUUGCCAUCGUGUCCCGUUUGUUUGGAACGAAUGGACGAGAGUGUCGAUGGAAUUUUAACUGUACUUUGUAAUCAUACAUUUCACGCAAGUUGUUUAGUUAAAUGGGGCGAUACAUCGUGUCCAAUUUGCCGAUACGCCCAAACACCGGAACCACUUGCCGACAGUCAUUGCAUGGAAUGCGUUCCAGGAACGUCGAAUGAUAGUCUUUGGAUAUGUUUAAUUUGCGGACACAUUGGUUGUUCGCGUUACACAAAGGGCCAUGCAUUCGAGCACUAUCAGGAUACGCAUCAUUGUUAUGCGAUGCAAUUGGGCAAUAAUCGUGUUUGGGACUAUGUGGCCGACACUUUUGUUCAUCGAUUGCUUCAGGAUAAGGAUGGAAAAAUGGUCGAGGGACACGAGCCAUCGAAAGUUGAAGGCGCAUCAAUGGACGAGAAAGUCGAUUCUGUACAAUUGGAAUUCACUUAUCUUCUCACAUCACAAUUGGAGACGCAACGGCAAUUUUUUGAGGAUCGUCUCAAUCGAAUUGAACAGCGAACAAUUGCCGAAACAAAUGAAUUAAGGGAUAAAUUGACACAGGUCAUCGAUGAAAAUGCCGACAUGAAGAAAAAAUUGUCAUCACUCACAAAGGAGAAACAAACAUUGGAGAGAAAAAUACAGGCAACAAGUCAAAAAUUGGAGAAAACACAAAUGGAACUCGCUGAGGAGAAGGCGUUGAGAAAAUCACUUGAAAUGAAUCAAACAUCAUGGCAAACGAAACAUAAACAGCUUAAUGAUGAAUUAGUGGAAUAUAAAUGUAAAAAAGAAGCUGAAUUAGUUGAUUUAAAGGAACAAUUGAGAGAUGUUAUGUUUUUCUUUGAGGCACAAAAACAAAUUGAAAAUUCCGCCGAUCGCGAUGAAAUUGCUGAGGGACGUAUUAUUAUUGGUCCCGAGGCAAAUACAUCGACGAAAAAUACAAAUUCUCGCGGUGGCUCAAAGAGACAUUCGAAACGUUAAUUUUUUAUUUUGGAGAAAAACAAAA